AUGGUUGAUCACAGUGUUUCAAUUGAAGACUUCACACUUCUUAAUCCAUUUAAUAAAUAACAAAAACCUUAGUCAAAACUUGGCCUCUUUUUUUAAAUAUAAAAUUAAUUCCAUAAUAACUGCUAUUAUAAAAUGCUUUAUAUAAAAAUCAAUUUUCAUAAAAUUCAAUCAUAGAGAGGAGAGAUUUAGUGUUAUCGGUAAAGGAUCAUACGGAAAAGUCCUUCUUGUCAGAAAAAACAACACUGGAGAAAUGCUGGCUAUGAAGAUGCUACGCAAAGAUUAUAUUGCCCGCAGAAACCAAGUCGAGCACACACGAACAGAGAGAAAUGUCUUAGAAAGAGUAAACCACCCUUAUAUCGUAAAGCUUAAAUAUGCAUUUCAAAGCCCAAAGAAGCUUUAUUUUGUAUUAGAGUAUUGCCCAGGAGGAGAGCUCUUUUUUCAUUUAUCCCGAGCACAACGUUUCGAUGAGCCUAGAGCAGUGUUUUACGCAGCUUGUAUGGUCUCAGCAAUCGAGCACCUUCAUUCCUUAAACAUAGUUUACCGAGAGUAACAAUUAUUUAGCCUUAAGCCAGAAAAUAUCUUAAUUGAUGCUGAAGGUUAUGCAAAAAUAACAGACUUUGGUCUGUCAAAAGAAAAUAUCGUCGAUAACUCAGGAGCCCAGUCUUUUUGUGGAACCCCUGAGUACCUUGCCCCUGAAAUUCUUGCUAACUCUCCAACAUUCGUUAGUGGGCAAAAUAUUUUAAUGAUCUUUUUUAAAACCCAAAAUUGUAAAUAUACCGUGAGCACGGUUUAGAUCGACCUGAGAAACCCCCUCUCACCCCAUCCCUUGGCUGUUUCAGCUUUAUUGAAAUCUACAAAUUGAAUUAGACUUGUCCAAUCCUAGUGAGGGACUUGUCAUUUUGAAUUAGCAAUUUCGUUCAAGCUGAAACCGUCAGGGGUGGGGGAGUUUCAGCCAUACCUGUUCUGAAGGUAUAUUUAAAAAAGGAGAGUAAGCAAGGCCAUGGGAAAGCUGUGGACUGGUGGAGCUUAGGUGCUUUAAUUUAUGAAAUGCUUACUCCCCCCCCUCUCCGUGAGUGAACAAAACCAUUAGAAAAAUCGCCAUUUUUUGACCAAAAACCCACCCUCCGUGAGUGAACAAAAAUUUUUUUAAUAGAAAAAUUUUUAAUGGAAAAAAGUAUUGAUAUAUAAGUGAUAAUUAGUAUAAUGAAAUCUAGAGCUAAUUCUGUUUAAUUUUAAACAAAUUGCGUUUUUAAACAUAAAGUUUUAUAAAUUAAAUUAAUAUUUGCUUCCCAAUUUUGCAAAUUAAGAUUUUUUUAAAUUUCGAAAAAUAAAAUUUUUAUAAAAUUUAUAUAUAUAAAUUUUUUUUAACAAAAAAAAAAAAACCCCCCUCCGUGAGUAAACAAAAUUUUUUUGUUCACUCACGGAGGGGGGGGGAGUUACAGGAUUGCCACCAUUCUAUACAAGAGAUAGAGAAAAACUUUUUAAUAGCAUUUUGCACGAGGAGAUUAAUUUCCCUGGCUAUUUGUCGAGCAAUGCAAAAGAUUUAUUGCUAAGGCUCUUUGUGAAAGAUCCAGCACAAAGGCUAGGGGGUGGAGCAAAUGAUAGUGAACCUAUUAAGGCACAUCCAUUUUUUGCGGCGAUUAAUUGGGGAGCAUUGCUGAGGAAAGAGAUCAGGCCACCGUUUGUGCCAAGUGUUAAUAGAGAUCAUGGAUUAGGCAAUUUUGAAGAAGAGUUCAAGAGAAUGCCAGCAGUUGACUCUCUUGGGAAAGAUGCAAGGCUAGGCGCUGCAAGCCCAACUUAUCAAGGGUUUAGCUAUGUUAACGAUGGGAUGCCAGAACAAUAG